UUUGUUUUGAUUUCCAUUUGCAUGGAAUAUCUUUUUCCAUGCCCUCACUUUCAGUCUGAAUGUGUCCCUAGGUCUGAAGUGGGUCUCUUGUAGACAGCAUAUAUAUGGGGCUUGUUUUUGUAUCCAUUCAGCGAGCCUGUGUCUUUUGGUUGGAGGAUUUAAUCCAUUCACGUUUAAGGUAAUUAUCAAUAUGUAUGUUCUUGUUACCAUUUUCUUAAUUGUUUUGGGUUUGUUUUUGUAGGUCCUUUUCUUCUCUAGUGUUUCCCAUUUAGAGAAGUUCCUUUAGCAUUUGUUGUAGAGCUGGUUUGGUGGUGCUGAAUUCCCUUAGCUUUUGCUUGUCUGUAAAGCUUUUGAUUUCUCCAUGGAAUCUGAAUGAGAUCCUUGCCAGAUAGAGUAAUCUUGGUUGUAGGUUCUUCCCUUUCCUCAAUUUAAGUAUAUCAUGCCACUCCCCUCUGACUUGUAGAGUUUCUGCUGAGAAAUCAGCUGUUAACCUUAUGGGAGUUCCCUUGUAUGUUAUUUGUCGUUUUUCCCUUGCUGUUUUCAAUAAUUUUUCUUUGUCUUUAAUUUUUGCCAAUUUGAUUACUAUGUGUCUUGGCGUGUUUCUCCUUGGGUUUAUCCUGUAUGAGACUCUCUGCGCUUCGUGGACUUGGGUGGCUAUUUCCUUUCCCAUGUUAGGGAAGUUUUUGACUAUAAUCUCUUCAAAUAUUUUCUCUGGUCCUUUGUCUCUCUCUUCUCCUUCUGGGACACCUAUAAUACGAAUGUUGUUGCAUUUAAUGUUGUCUCAGAGGUCUCUUAGGCUGUCUUCAUUUCUUUUCAUUCUUUUUUCUUUAUUCUGUUCUGCAGCAGUGAAUUCCACCAUUCCGUCUUACAGGUCACUUAUGCGUUCUUUUGCCUCAGUUAUUCUGCUACUGAUUUCUUCUAGUGUAUUUUUCAUUUCAGUUAUUGUGCUGUUCAUCUCUGUUUGUUUGUUCUUUAAUUCUUCUAGGUCUUUGUUAAACAUUUCUUGCAUCUUCUCGAUCUUUGCCUCCAUUCUUUUUCCGAGAUCCUGGAUCAUCUUCACUAUGAUUAUUCUGAAUUCUUUUUCUGGAAGGUUUCCUAUCUCCACUUCAUUUAGUUGUUUUUCUGGGGUUUUAUGUUGUUCCAUGAUUUGGUACAUAGCCCUCUGCCUUUUCAUCUUGUCUCUCUUCCUGUGAAUGUGGCGUUUGUUCCACAGGCUGCAGGAUUGUAGUUCUUCUUGCUUCUCCUGUCUGUCCUCUUGCCCGUGGUCCCCAGGACUGUCGCAGCUUCGGCUGGUGGGGCCCCUCCAGAGCCAGCAGCCUCAGUUAGGCCACCCUCCCCUCAGGCUCCAGGGCAGUUCAGUCUGUUGUUUUGUUUUUAAUGCAAACCUGUGAGUAGGACGUAUAAAACUGUGCUUCUCAUGUUUGCCCUUAAGAAUGUAUGUAAAGGGUGUACAGAAUAAUGAAGAAUGAACAACAUGCAUAUGGGUAUGUGAAGGACAAAUUAAGCCAAAUAAACUUGAAUGCUCUUAUUGUGUUAGCUUUAAUAGAGUAGAAUUACAAAAUUCAUAUUCAGUAGGCAGGAAGCUAAUAUCUAAUUUUCACUAGAAUAGUUAAUACUGUUUUAGGGAAAUUAAGUUCUUGUUAGUUGUCAACAUGGGCUAAAAACUAGCAGUUGGAUCAUACCAAAGGUAAUGAUGGCAUCAUAUUGAAUUGGAGGUGGUGUUCUGCAUGGUGCCAUAGGUGCUAUGUUAAAUACAAUUUUAUUUAAAUCAUAUUAAUUACCUGGGAGAAAGCAUGCAAGAAAAUCCACAAAGGAUGCCAACUUUGGAUUGUAAUUAGAACAGAGCUGAAAGGAACUAGAGUGAUGAGGCAUGCCUAGGUAAACAUAAUGAAAUUUCCUUUGAAAAAUUAAUUCCCUUGAGAGGAAAAUUGAGCAAAUUAUAUGCAUUAAAAAUGUUUUGCUUUCGGCUUUCGGCUCGGAGGAGGCCAAGGUGCAACUUUCUUUGGUUGUCCUGAAUCCGGGUUCAUCCGACACCAACGCCAGCCGCCUCCACCAUGCCACCUAAGUUCGACCCCAAUGAGAUCAAAGUUGUGUACCUGAGGUGCACCGGUGGAGAAGUCGGUGCCACAUUUGCCCUUUCCCCCAUGAUCAGCCCCCUGGGUCUGUCUCCAAAGAAAGUUGGUGAUGACAUCGCCAAGGCAACUGGUGAUUGGAAGGAUCUGAGGAUUACAGUGAAACUGACCAUUCAGAACCGACAGACCCAGAUUGAGGUGGUACCUUCUGCCUCUGCCCUGAUCAUCAGAGCCCUCAAGGAACUGCCAAGAGACAGAAAGAAGCAGGAAAACAUUAAGCACAGUGGAAACAUCACUUUUGGUGAGAUUGUCAACAUUGCCCGACAGAUGUGGCAUCGAUCUUUAGCUAGAGAACUCUCUGGAACCAUUAAAGAGAUCCUGGGGACCGCCUAGUCUGUGGGCUGCAAUGUUGAUGGCUGCCACCUUCACGACAUCUUAGAUGACAUCAACAGUGGUGUGGUGGAUUGCCCAGCUAGUUAAGAACUGCAAAGGAAAAUAAUAAAGUGUUAUUUGACAACCAGUGGGGGAAAAAAAAGUUUCGUUUCUAAUUUGGCAUUUGCCAAUGAAUGAAAGUUGAGUACCUCAGUUAAUAGCCUGUCUUUCCAUGUUGUGAUCCUUUGUAUCUAGGAUAUCAGUAACCAAAAUCUCUUCAUAAUAUGUAAAAUCUAUAUAUAUGAUUUCAUAGGAUCUAGACACCCAUUUGCUUAUAGAGAAAAUGUUUAAGAUUGAGAGAAAUUCUGAAACAGGAGACUUGUAGCCACUCUUUGUGGAGAACUAUAACUCUAGAAAAUCUUUUUAGUAAUGUCCCAAAUCACUAAUUGUUUUCAUUUUUUCUUUAAAGAGGAAAGAUUGUAAUAAGUUUCCACAUCUAUCAGUAAUGCCCACCCUGAAUAUUAAAUUAAUGAGACUCUACCAAGAAAUUACUUCUCAAGUCUUCUAGAAGUUUCUCCUCCUAAACAAGAAAAACAAAAAUGUUAGCUGUCUUUCACUUUACCAUUAAAUUAAAAUACUAUAUUUUGUGAAAAGUGCUUUCUUAUCCACAUAAAUCGUGAAGCCAUAGAGAUAAGAUUGACAGACCUGAGUAUAUAAACAUUAUACAAUAAAAUUUCUCCAGGAGAACAGAACAGAAAAGGAGGUAAAAGGAAGAAAAAUCAAAUAAGAUGGAAAAACAAGCGACAUAUUGGGCAAAGUAUUUACCAACUACAUGCCAGAUAAAGGAUAAGAUCUAGAAUAUAAAAAGAGUUCUUACAAAUUAAUGAGAGAUGAACACUCCACCAUAAAGAUAGAUAAAAAUAUAAACAGAAAAUUUACAUACAAAGAAAGGAGAAUUGGAUGACAUAUGAAAUAAUAACACUAUGAACUCCAUAUGGUUGUAAGUACUUCAUAGAUAUUAACCCAUUUAGUUCUCCCAGCUAUUGGCAGAUACUGUUGUUAUCCUUGCUUUACCAUUGAGGAACUGAGGCACCAAGAAUUUAAGGAACCUGAACCAGUGGAACCUGCAUUCAAAUUCAGAAAGUCAGACUGUACCCUUAAUGACUAUAACUCACUAAUAAUCACAAAAAUACAAGCACAGCUAUGAUAUUAUUGGUCACCUAUAACAUUGGCAUAAAUGAAAACACCAGUACCAAGUGUUAGUGAGAGAAAUGGGCUCUCUUCUCACAGUUGAUGCAAAUGUCAGUUGGUACAGUCUUUAUGGAGGGCAAUUUGGCAAUACAUAUCACUAAGUAAAAUGUACAUACCCUUAGACCUAGAAGCCAUGCUAUGAUUUUCAUUUAAAUAAGAUAUGCAGACAAGGGUAUAGAUGUAUGUACAAUUAUGUUCAUCUCGGUGUUUACAAUAAUACUUUAAAAUUGGAAAUAAUUUAAGUUUUCAUCGAUAAGAUAUUGCUUAAAAUCUGCUGCAUGCAAUCAGUGAAACACCGUACAUAUAGUUAUUAAAAAAUACCUGAUAUAGGGCUGUAUGCAUUAACAUGGAAGGAUUUCCACAACCUACUGAGUGAGACUAGACAAGUUCACUGUGAAGGAAGGGAUAGUACUUAACUUGUUCAUUGCCCACUGCUUGGCACAGUGUAAGCAUAUGGUAACUAUUGGAUGGAUGGAUGGAUGGAUGGAUGGAUGGAUGGAUGGAUGGAUGGAUGGACAGAUGGAUAGGAGAAUAUGGUAUAGUGAAAAGAUUCUAAGACUUGAAACUGGAAGGUUUCUGUUUUGUUCCCUCCUAGUAACAACAGAUCACUGGAAUUCAAGCCCUUUAAAGCAUUGGUGUUCCACAAAUAUUUCUCUAAAAAGAAGCAAUUCAGCUUGUGUUAACAUGUGUAUUAAUUUCUUAGGGCUGCCAAUAUAAAAUUACUGUGAACUAGGUGGCUUAACACAACUAAAAUUUAUUCUCUCACGUUUCUGGAGGCUAGAAGUUUGGAAUCAAGGUGUCAGCAAAUCAUGCUCUUCCCUCCAUCCUUCCUUGCCUCUUCUAGCUUCUUAUGGUUGCCAGCAAUCCUCCGUUUUCUUUGGCUUUUGGCAGUAUAACUCCAGUCUCUGCUUCUGUCUUUACAUGGUCUUCUUCCUGGUGUGUCUCUUAUAAGGACACCAGUCAUUGGACUUAGGCCCCAUGCCAAUCCUGUAUGACCUCAUCUUAAUGAAUUAUGUCUAUAGAAAACCUAUUUCCAGGCUUUCCUGUUGGCACAGUGGUUAAGAAUCUGCCUUCCAAUGCAGGGGACACAUGUUUGAGCCCUGGUCCAGGAAGAUCCCACAUGCUGCGGAGCAACUAAGCCCAUGCGCCACAACUACUGAGCCCACGUGCUGCAACUACUGAAGCCCGUGCUCAAUAGUUGCACAGCCUAGAGAAGCCUUCUCUGCAACAAGAGAAGCCACCGCAAUGAGAAGCGCCGCAACGAAGAGUAGCCCCUGCUCGCCACUACUAGAGAAAAGCCCGCGCACAGCAACAAAGACCCAACACAGCCAAAAAUAAAAUAAAUAAAAUUAAAAAAAAAAAAAAGAAC